AUGCACAGGAGUCGCGCGAAAGGCCGUACGGUGAUCCUGCUUUUGAUCUUCCAGCUGGUGCCAGAUCCGCUGUACCUCAGGUGGCCCUGCGAGUUUGUUGAUUUGCAGCAUCAUCAUUUCGGAUUUCGACGGCAUCCGCGGCCAAAAGUCGUCAACAACAUAAGGUUCACAGUGGCAUUCCAUAAAGCCUUCAUUGGUCGCACUAGAGAGAAAAGACGGUUAUUGAAGGAUAUCAGUGACACGCAAGUUUCUGCAGUGUGCAUUCUGGGGAAGCCUGGCAUUGGCAAGACCCGAUUUGCAAUCGAAGCCGUGCAGGACGCCAAAGCUGAUGUGAAGUGGCUCAUUACCGCCGACUCGCGCGUGGCAGUGAAGCAAGGCCUAAUGAACCUCGCCGUGGAAAUGGAGCUGUCAGAUCCCUUGAUACAUGACGGAGACAAGCUAGCUUUGGAUUGGCUGGCGAACGCAGAGGGCUGGAUUCUUGUUUUGGACAAUGUCCAGUCCUUCGAUGACUUGACCGACCUCUUGCCUGCCCGUCAUCGGGGGACCAUCGUUGCCACGGCCGCCCACCGAUUCGUUUGCCCUUCCGAGGUCAACAGCAUUUCUCUAAGGCCGUUGGGGAAGCGAGAAGCUUCAGAACUGCUACAGAAGCACGCCCACCGGAAAGACGACUCUGGAGCUCGUAAGCUGGCCUCAGUUUUGGCUGGAUUUCCGGUGGCCCUGGUGCAGGCAGCCAGUCUCGUAUCUGCAAGCAACCUGGGUUUCGAGCCUUUCGCGCAACAGUUUCCCAGACUCCAGAUCAGUCCCGUGGCAAGAGUUCCAUUGGUGAUGGAGCGCAGGUAUCGAAUCAUUGGGAGGGUGCUUUGGCAGAAGCAGAGAGAAUUUCUCGAGAAUGAAGGUCUUGCUGCCUCGAUUUGCUUAGUGCAGUUCAUGUCGACACUUAGCCCGAAAGGGGUGUCCAAGCGGCUCCUUGCGCGCCUAACAGGAUUUGAUGACGGCAAGUAUCAGGAAGCAGUAUCUCCACUGAACUCACUCUCCAUAGUGCGCAUGGACUCAAGUGGAUCUUCCUGCCGCCUUCACUGGCUAUCUCAGCAUGGCAUUCUGGCAGAGUUGGUGCAAAACGGGAACGCCAGCAUGCUGCAAACAGUUUUAGAGGGGCUCAUGCAGCCAGUUGGAAAGCAAUGGUGGUACCCGGCAUCAUUUUAUCGAGUUUCGAAGGUGGUGUUCGAGCAUGGCAAAUUCCUGCUGAACAACUGGCACUUGAAGUUGUUGAGUGCGAAAGCACGGCAUUCGGACAAGCUGGCCAACCUAACCUGCCAAGCAAGGGUAGCAGUUGGUGGAUAUGCUUAUUACAAUCUGGCUGAUGCAAGGUUGGGACGGCAGUGGAUGCAGAAGGAGAUUGCGCGAUGGCCAAGCGAUAGCUUGCAGCACGGGGUUUGUUCCGCUUUGUUAGCUUUGGUGACAUCUGACUCUGACAGGAAAGCCAGUCGAAGGUUUGAUGAGUUUGCAGUCGAUACCGUAACACGCAUCAGAGAUGAUUCGGAGCAUGAUGAGACCUUGGCUGUUUACGUGUAUGUUUUAGCGAACAGCUUGAGACUGGCUGCUGGAGACCGUGUGGAUGCUUCGCGACAGCAGCGACGAGUGGACGAACUGAAAGACCACAUCACGCAGCUAGAGCCUGAACCACGAGCACAUGUGCACUGCUCCUUGGGCAGAUGGUAUCAGUACCGAGAAGAGCUGGAUUUGGCGCUGCGCCAUACGCGUGCAUGUCGCAGGAUCCUUCGUGCACAUCCUCUGGCGAAGGUGGCAGAAAGCUCCAUGGAGCUGAGCAUCGCCUACACAUCAGAGAGGCUGGCCGCACUUUUUUUGGCAUUUGGCCAGUUCCGUAAGGCAAUUCGCCGUGCGCGCGAGGCCUCGCUCCUAUUCGAGCUUGUGUUUGGCCCAAACCACCGCCGAAGAGCACGCUCGCUUGUCAGUUUGGGGCUUGCGGCCGCGGAAGUACAUGGCCCGGACAAGGGCUUACCACACUGCCAGCGAGCAUUGAAAAUUCUGCAGGAUCAAGCGGAUGACACAACCGCUACAGCGAAAGCCCUCUUGUGCAGGGGAAAGUUCUCCCGGCCCGAAGCGGAUCCCUGCAGAGAUCUAGCUAUGGCACAAAAGCUUUUUGAGCAAAUAAACGGAGCAGAGCACCUCGACACGGUGCAGUGCCGUAUCGAGCAUGCAAGGUGUAUGUUGGACCGAUUUGACCAAACUAGACAGGUGGAGCAGCUCGUGCAGAAAGACUUCGAAAGAUUGGAAAAUCGGAACGAAACGUUGCCACGAUUCUUCCAAAGACAGCUGCUCGUUUUGCAUGCCGACAUCUGGAGGAAUAGAGCCAACCAGGCUACGGCGAAGGCCGAGCAGUACUGGCAGAGAGCUGAUGCACUUCGUCCCAGCACAAUUUUACGGUCCAUCUUGGGCAUCGUCAGCACUGUCACUUCGGCACUCGCUUGUGCAGCAUGCCUGCCAACUGCAGCUUUCCGCUUCAAGCGACCGAGUGCGAAGCCACCGGCUCUGGUCGUUGCAAACUCGCACUAUGUCGGCUAUCAUCAGUUACCAGCUGCAUGCAACGAUGGUGAAGCGGUGCGAGCCCUUUUUGCAGAUGCUGGGUACGACGUAAUUCAUAUGAGAAAUGCAACCCUGGACGACAUGAACUCUCUUGUAAAGCAACUGUUACAGCAUCUGUCGGAGAAAGAACAUGCCUUGGUUCCCAUCUACCUGUCCGGUCAUGGGAUUGAGCACCACGGCCUGUUGUACUUUGCGCCCGUCGAUGCCGAGAAGGCGAGGCUGUCGUCCCACCUUCUGCUCAACAGCCUACAGCUCUCGCACUUGCCCAGGGUGGCACAGCAGCACAGCGCAGAGCCAACAAAGUCAGUGCUGUUCUUCUUCUUCCUUGACAUCUGUCGCACGGAUGUCCAGCUGGACGGCGGCAGCAUGGAACCUGAGCAAUCCCUGCUUCGUCCCAGCAAAGCUCCGGGCGUGGUCUACUUCAAGGCCUGUGCUCGUGGCAAGCGAGCUUUCGACGAAGGCAAAGCACAAGGAAAAGGACGCGGGUCAGAUGGUGGAAAUGGAAGCGUGCACGGGCGCUUCACUCGCGCCCUCCUGGAUUUCGGCCAGGAUUCCCGCUUGACCUUGGGCGCGCUUUCAGAGCGUGUGGGUUUGGAUGUAAAGAUGAAGAGCGGGGGGUGGCAGGUGCCCGAAGUUGAUGGACCUCAGGAUAGGAUGGGGGAGUUUCUCCAUACCCGUGCUGCUCGCCACGAGCGCGGCCGAGCUUCGUGCACUCUUUGCUGA